AUGGGACAUGGAGGAGGGCAUACAUGUUGCAACAAACAGAAAGUGAAAAGAGGGUUGUGGUCACCCGAGGAAGAUGAAAAACUCAUCACCUACAUUUCUUCACACGGCCAUGGCUGCUGGAGCUCCGUUCCUAAGCUUGCUGGGCUCCAAAGAUGUGGCAAGAGUUGUAGAUUGCGAUGGAUUAAUUAUCUGAGGCCCGAUCUGAAACGAGGAAGCUUUUCUUCUCAAGAAGCCACUCUUAUAGUCGAUCUUCAUCGAAUCCUUGGAAAUAGAUGGGCGCAAAUUGCAAAACAUUUACCGGGAAGAACGGAUAAUGAGGUCAAGAACUUUUGGAACUCAAGUAUCAAAAAGAAGCUUCUUAACGCUCAUACUACUAGUAGUAGUAGUCUCAUAUCAACUCAUCAUCAUCUUGCCACCUGCUUUCAACAUAGCCCUAAAACUAACAUUAAUAAUGUUCCUUCUGCUUUAAGUAGUGGUGGGGAGAAUCCUCAUCAACAUCAAUUUUAUUAUGAGGGUUUAUUUGAUGCUAAUAAUAAUGUUAUAAUCCCCCCACAUCAUCAUAUGAUGAUGAUCCAUGCACCUCCACCACCGGCCACCAAUCAACCAACAUUUAUCAAUAUUCUUGAUGAUGAUCAUAAAUCAUGCUUAUUUGAUGCUGUUGCUGAUUCUAAUAAUCUCCCUCCACUUCCUCCAUCAUUCAUUGUCAAUCAGCCCUCUUCACUAAUUAAUAGCUUUGAUAAUCCAUUUCUUCCCGCCAUGGAAUUCAUCGACUCAUCAUCCUAUGAUGAAGAACAUCAUAAUAACAAUAACAAUGUACUCAAUAAACCCGAGAAUACUUAUGAAAUCAUCCUUGGCCCAAACAUUAAUGACCAUCUCAUACUUCCAUUUAGACUAGCAGCAGCUGAUGAUCACCACAAAACAAAUGAUAUUGAAUUGAUCACCACCAAUAAUACCCAAAAGAUAAUGCACUCACACGAGUUGACAAGCUCUCAAACGACGGAUUACCUGCUCGACGCUUUCAUGCCAAGUUAUCCGUCAACUUCAUCGUCGUCACCAUUGGUGUUGCGGCAGUUUGUGGUUGAUGAUCAGCAAGGUAAGAAUUAA